AUUCAAAAUAUAUUAAAACUUUAUCAAUUUUAUUUUUUCUUACAAAAGGGCUAUAUAUAUCUUUUAAUAACUUGUUAUUACUUAAGAGUCAAAUUAAUGUUGCAAAAGACAGAAAACAAAAUGUCCAACAAUAACAAAAGCAAGAGUUUGCACAUAGCAAUGUACCCUUGGUUUGCUUUUGGACACUUUACCUCUUUUCUCCAUUUAGCUAACAAAUUUGCCGAAAGAGGUCACAAAAUCUCAUUUUUCCACCCUACCAAAACACUCCCUAAAUUGUCCACCCAUAACCACCAUCCCAACCUCAUUACCUUCAUCCCUAUUAGUGUCCCGCCUAUCGACGGGCUGCCUUUAGGGGCCGAAACAACCAAUGACGUGCCGGCCUCAGCCCGACCUCUCAUUAUGGACGCCAUGAACCUUACUCGGCCCGUUAUUGAUUCGCAACUUGCUCUUCUUAAGCCCGACUUCAUCUUUUUUGACUUAACUGAGUGGUUGCCGGAUGUGGCUCGAAAGCACUCUGUGAAGUCAGUAUACUUUUCGACCGUUUACGCCGUCGCUUUUGCUUAUCUUAGCCCACCGGCUCGUAACGUGCCAGAUAACUAUCGCUUCAACGAGGCCGACCUAGUAGACCCACCACCGGGUUUUCCAUGCUCCGAUAUAAGAUUACGGGCCCACGAGGCCCGUGAAUUCGGAGAUCUAUGUUCGAGGGACUUUGGAGGGUUGCCGUUUAUGGAAAAGAAUGUAAGGAGUUUUAAAGAAUGUGAUGUUGUUUGUUUCAAGACUAGUAGGGAGAUGGAAGGGGAUUACUGUGAUUAUGUUGAGAAGCAUUAUGGGAAUAAACCUGUAUAUCUAACGGGACCUAUGGUGCCUAAACCGCCAUCGUCGAAGCUCGAUGACUCCUUCGAUUGUUGGCUGAAGGGUUUUGGUAAUGGUACACUCGUGUAUUGUGCACUUGGAAGUGAAUGUGUUCUUGACAAAGAUCAAUUUCAAGAGCUUAUUUUGGGGCUUGAACUCACUGGUAGGCCAUUUUUAGCUGCAUUACGACCACCUAGCGGAUAUGAAACAAUUGAACAAGCCUUACCAGAAGGAUACUCAGAAAGAAUUAAAGGGCGAGGAAUAAUUGAUGGUGGUUGGGUGCAACAACAAUUGAUGUUACACCAUCCUUCCGUAGGGUGUUUCGUGACUCAUUGUGGCGCGGGAUCUUUAUCAGAAGCUAUGUUAAGUGAGUGUCAAAUAGUGUUGAUACCUCAAGCAGUAGAUCAAUUUAUCAAUGCAAGAAUGAUGAGUCUCGAUUUGAAAGUUGGGGUUGAAGUAGACAAGGGAGAAAAUGAUGGUUUGUUUACCAAACAAGAUGUUUUUAAAGCAAUAGAGGUGGUAAUGGAGCAAGAGAGCAUAGUAGGGAGAGAGGUGAGAGCUAACCAUACUAAAUGGAGAAACCUUUUAUUAGAGGAAGGGCUUGAGGAAUCCUAUAUCGAUGGAUUUGUUCAAAGUCUACAAGGUUUAUUUUGAUAAAUUUGAGAGCUAGCGGUUAAGACUGAAGGUUUAUGUAAAACAAGUUUCAAGUUUGAAUUUCCUCUUCGCUAAUUAUAUAACUUAUAUUGCACUUGUGGUUCAUUCACGAAAUUAAAAGAAAAUCUAUUAUUAUCCUUAA